CAAUAACCAACUUCACCUUACCAACCUCUCCAGGUCCCUUCUCUACCCAACUCCUUCUCACCCCAUCCCACUGACCUCUUCCAUCUCCCAACCUUUCUACGUUACCCACAAUGGCCGCCGUCUUCUCCGGAGCGCCUCCACAAGGCGGUCCAGGCUAUUCCUUCUCACAGACCCCUAAAGCAGCUCCAUCUGGCGAACGACAACAUGGCUUCUACCCCUACACGGACAAUGGCGGCUCCACGCUCGGCAUCUCCGGGGCAACCUUCACUAUCCUCGCAGGCGAUACACGCUCCACAUCCGGCUACAACAUCAACACACGGUGCGCACCCAAACUCUUCAAAAUCGGCGGCGAAGGCCCGGACAACAAAGGUGCGCGAAUAGUCCUAUCAGUUGUCGGCUUCGCCGCCGACGGUGAAGCGCUCAAAGAACGCCUCGACACCAUCGUCAAAAUGUACAAAUACCAGCACGGAAAGCCCAUGAGCGUGUCAGCCUGCGCACAGCGCCUGAGCCAUAUCCUGUACAACAAACGGUUCUUCCCAUAUUACGUGCACGCGAUCUUGGGGGGCUUGGAUGAAGACGGGAAGGGUGCGUUGUACUCGUACGAUCCUGUGGGAAGCUAUGAGCGGGAGCAGUGCAGAGCGGCGGGUGCGGCCGCGUCGCUGAUCAUGCCGUUCUUGGAUAAUCAGGUCAAUUUCAAGAAUCAGCAUGUCCCAGGAAGUGGGACGGGACAUGAGUUGCAGGCGAGGGUGGCGGUGCCGUUGCCGCAGCCGGCAGUGGAGGGUUUAGUGAGAGAUGCUUUUACGAGUGCUGUGGAGAGGCAUAUUGAAGUUGGUGAUGAGUUGCAGAUGAUGAUUAUUACGAGGGAUGGCGUUGAAGAGACUUAUACGCCGUUGAAGAAAGACUAGGGGUGAUGGAUGGUUGGACGGCAAUGCGGCGAAAGGGGAUGUAGUGAGGUGGAGGAUCCGGUAAGUGAUGAAUAUGUAUAAAUAGCAUACCAUGGUGCUGGACAGGAGUAUGGCACAACCCCGUUUAAGGUUAUACAACUUGAGCGGCUCUUCGGCCUGGAAAGGUAACUCUCGAGAAAAUCUCAAGGGCCAAAUGCCUAUCCACUUUCGUAACAAAUAACAAUAAC